AUGGACGCAGUAGAUCAUAGACCUUCAUGGUACCUCUCUGUGUCAGUCUCCUCUAUUUUUCUUGAUAUCCUGACACAUCAAACCCCAAUCUACCCUCAUGCAAAGGCAAAUAUGGACGUCUACGGGACAGCUGUGACGGCCAUAACGCAGAUAUACCAAGUCACAGUGUUCAUCCAGGGUGUCAUUUCCGACAUCAAAGCAUUUGACGAGGACCGAGCCGAGAUCCGACUCAAGUUGAAUGUCCAGCUGUCAACCUUACUCUUCUUUAGACGCACUUUCUUCCAUCCAGAUCAUGGAUUGAUGGUUUCGGGGAAAGUAGACCCUUUUAUCGCCGACACGGUGGAAGGGCUACUGGUGCAGAUGCGGAAGACCCUCGCUGAAUAUGAGAUCGUGGCUGCCAAAUACGGUCUCGUGGAUGACGAAUACACCAUCGAGCCUGACCAGUCCCAAGUGCAGGAGUCGCUCCUAGAGCGGGCCAAAAGCAAGACUAGAUCACUCAAGCUCAGAGGCUAUGACUGGUCGCUCUUCGACAAGAAAAAACUAAAUCACAUUCUAGACUCCUAUACUGAGUGGUCUGAAAGUCUACGCAACCUCAUGCAGCAUAUGUCACAGGAGACACUGGCCAAAAUGGCUGAGAACGAUCAUGAAGGAUUGAAAAGCAGUGGUCUUGAGCCGGUGAUGAAGCGCCGGGAGCUGGCUGAGGCUAAGGCGCCAAUGAGUUACCGUAGUUUGACUGGUACCAUCACCGAUACAGGAAAAUCAACAGGCGGAUUCCAACUGGGAAAGUGGUCUUCAGGAUCUGAAGAAACAGAGGUCAUCGUCGAGUACCACGAGUAUGAAAGCCUACUCAAACGCGACGAUCUAGAUCCAGACGAGAUAGAGGAGCUCAAAGACCCCAUUCGCAAUCUGGCAUGGCUACUUCAAAACACCACUUUCGCCGGCAAAUCAUCAGAUGCUCUCGAUCAGCCGAAGAUAUACGCGCUGGAAUGUCUUGGUUUCAUCGAUCAACCUAUUGAAGAACGAAGUGUAUUCCUUUACAGACUUCCUCCCUCUGAGGCAGGCACCACUGCAUCCCUGACGACCUUACACGCUUUCAUCAAUGCAGUCGAUAGUGCAAACAAACGACCGAUCAAGAAACCCUCCCUCAACGACCGCUUUAGCAUGGCAUAUACUCUCGCUUUGAGUCUCAGAGGAAUUCUUCUGUUCCUCGAGACAUCCACCGGAGUCAGGACUUCAGGGCUCUACGAGCAUCGGGUCUCGACGCCUAAACCUGGAAACAGAAUAGUCUCAUACCUGAGUGACUGGGGCUACGCGCGAUCAGUCCAACAAGGCACAGACAUGCGCUCCGAUUUCGAGGUUGAGCCAAAUCUCUAUCGUCAUCCCGCCCGGCAAGGCCGCCCUACGCAGCAAUUUAGCCGUCUUCAUGAUAUCUACGCGUUGGGCGUGGUACUUCUUGAGAUUGGCCUCUGGGUAACGCUGUCACGACUGAUGAAUGCCAAGAUCCGAGAAGCAGAAAGUAGUGGGCGGCUGCCGAGACCGAAGAAGGUGGUUGAAGAUUUGGUGAUGCUGGCCGCUCAGGGUUUGCCAAAAGAGAUGGGAAUGGGCUAUACAAAUGCUGUACUUGCUUGUCUGAAGGGUGAUUUCCGGGGGACUGAGGGUCCUUCUCUGGCUAUGGAUUUUCAGAACAAGGUGGUUGAUGUUUUGAAAGUGGGUAUCGAGUUGUAG